AUGAAAUGCGCCCCUCCGGACCUGUCUCCCCACAGCCUCAUCAACGCCGACUUCUGCGUGGGCUCUGUCUGCGUGGCCUUCGGGGCAAUUCUGGGCAAAGUCAGCCCUGUCCAGCUGCUCAUCAUGACUCUCUUCCAAGUGACCCUGUUCUCAGUGAAUGAGUUCAUUCUCCUCAGCCUGCUCAAUGUGAAGGACGCAGGGGGCUCCAUGACCAUCCACACAUUCGGCGCCUACUUUGGGCUCACAGUGACCUGGGUCCUCUACCGGCCCAACCUGUACCAGAGCAAGGCCAGACAGAGCGCUGUGUACCACUCGGACCUCUUUGCCAUGAUCGGCACCCUCUUCCUCUGGAUGUACUGGCCCAGCUUCAACUCGGCUGUGUCCAAUCACGGAGACGCCCAGCACCGAGCGGCCAUCAACACCUACUGCUCUUUGGCAGCCUGCGUGCUGACCGCGGUGGCGCUGUCCAGCGCCCUGCACAAGAAGGGCAAGCUGGACAUGGUGCACAUCCAGAACGCCACGCUGGCCGGAGGGGUGGCCGUGGGCACCGCCGCCGAGAUGAUGCUCAUGCCUUACGGCUCCCUCAUUGUCGGCUUCAUCUGCGGCAUCGUCUCCACCCUGGGCUUUGUGUACCUGACGCCAUUCCUGGAGUCCCGCCUACGGAUCCAGGACACAUGCGGCAUCCACAACCUGCAUGGCAUGCCCGGCAUCAUAGGCGGUAUCGUGGGUGCUGUGACGGCGGCCUGUGCCAACAUUCAAGUUUAUGGACAGGAAGGGCUUGCCCACGCCUUUAACCUUGACGGUUUCAAGACUGAAUGGUCCGCGAGCCUGCAGGGCAGUUUCCAGGCCGCAGGCAUCUUCGUGUCCCUGGCCAUGGCCCUGGUGGGCGGCCUCAUUGUGGGAGGCAUUUUGAAAUUACCCAUCUGGGGCCAAGCUUCUGAUGAGAACUGCUUCGAGGAUGCGGUCUACUGGGAGGUGCCCGAGGAGCCCAAGAACGCUGCCUCGCAUCAUGAGGACUCUACCCUCAAGGCACCAGAACCCUGAGCUCCCAGGGCAGGUGAGAAGCAGGCUCCACAGAUAGUCCCGGCGCCCAGGAGAAGCCGGUGCCAGCCAAGCUGGGCACGCAAGGGCAAAGGGGAGCAGCACCCCGCCUGCUGGCAUGGCCCAGGGAGCCGCCACCCUCUCGCUCCCUUUCGCUGCCUGGACAUGGAGAAGGAGGAGGAGUAGACAAAGUGGGCGGACAGGCCAGGUUCCGGCUGCAGGAAGCCAGCCACCGGGCGUCCCAGUGGCCUCACUCAGGCUGAGCCUGGAAGGGGACCCCAGCCCUCCUGGGGUGACAACUUGACUGCUGGCCCCCAGCUGCUGAGUUCUCGGCCUGCACGACCCAUGCUCCCUGCCCCCACCCCACCCCACCCCACCCAGACCUCUCUGUGCCAUAUGCCCAUGGCGGCCUCUGUGAAUAAAAGUUCUAAGCGUUCUUUGUAA